ACUCCUGCAAGCAGCCAAAGAACCUUCGCCACAGCCUCUAGCUCGAGGCGCACAACUAUCGCAAUCCUACCUGGUGGAUGGAUGUUCACUGGGCAGCGAUCCAAAUUUCAAAAACCCCCGACCGCUUUCACACACUGUUGUGAAAGUCCAAAAAAGCUCUCGCGUUACCACCUAGCUGAGCGGGCGUUAGUUCAUUUUCUUGACAGUUUACUCUAGCCAUCGGACCAACUUCCAGCCGUCCGAGCUCAACCUCGCGCUUAGUCGGACCAACCCGAAUCUCACUCCGCUUACGUCAUCUUUAGAAGUCUCGAAUGGGCCGCGACCCCGUCGCAAACAUGCCUCGAAGAGUGAAGAAGUCUCAUGUCUUCGCGACAAAGUCUAGACCAAAGCGGUCAGACACUGCUGCGAAGCAGAAGCGCCACUUGCCAUUCAACACCCCAUCUACACUCGAAGUUUCUCUUGAUAGAGAUGAACCGAAAGAGUUUCCUGACAGCGGAAUAUCUAGGAGAGCAUCUUCUGAACUCUCAAGUCGUGAUGGUCUGCUGCCUGAAAUCUCUACGAUGGCCACGACCCCUUCAAUGAGUGUACAACCAUCGACAGUCUUUACAGCAUCGAACUCUGGGUGUAUUGUUUCCAAAAGCCAAAUGUACGGUGCUACCCACUACUCAUAUUCUGGAUGCGCGAGUGAUCAAUCUGCAGUUCUGGAGCAUGAGUCAUGUCCAUAUGAGCCGGACCCUGCUACUUCGGAGAUCCAAGACGUCACAAAACACGCCGCAGGGAAUCUAGACAAGCUAGGUUUCUCGAAAUUUUUAAUACAACGCAUGAGCGACAACAAACGCGCAACAUCAAAGCUACCGAGACCGUCUUCCACGCACCGCACGACAAGCGCUUUCAGGUCGCUAGGCCCGAGCAUAAUGUUCAGCUCGCUCUUCGAUAGUAGAGCCGACCUUGUGCCGACUCCCACUCCAUCCACCAGGCAAUUCACUACGGCUCAACCUGAAAAUCAGAAAGUCGAACAGGUUCCAGCAUAUGGUACAACUACACACGCUGCGUGGUUCAGUAGCCCGGCCAACAAGGUUGUACGUGGUGUACCGAUGGGUAUCUCGCGAAGCGUCGCCGAACUGCAGCGUAUUGCGCGGCCAACGACUUCCGUGCUGGAUCUCGAGGCAUCGGCCGUCACUCUUUUGGUCAACGAGUAGUAGCGGAACGGCAGCGUUGCGAAUAUUCUGGUCGAAUCUUCCCUAGCCCAAUUAAACUCGCAUCUCGUACAAGAACAAAACUGAAUAGGUCUGCAGACUACAUUAAGAUUGAGAUGUGUAAUGUGGGUAACCUACCGUAAAUAUGAUGGCUUUUAUUACAUGGUAGCAGCAAUUUUGAUCUUGGGGAUUGUUACGAUUAAGCAUUACGAGUUCUGU